UGAAAUUCAAAUUUCUCUAAUAUUGGGCUUCAGUGACCUGUAAGCACAAGUAUUAUAGAUUGAAGUUUUACAAUGUCUUCAAAGAAUGUAAUAAAUGCCGUUGCAGAAAAAAUAAACUAUUACAUGGAAGUUCAAAGGAAGGAAGAUGGGUUCGAUCUUUCUGGAACAAACCAUCCUAAACUAAACUACCCGAGUUUAAGAUCGGGCCCCUUACUUAGCAAUGGAAAGCUGCACGAUCGAAGUUUGAAACAUUAUUUUACACCAAGCAUGAUCAAAACACAAAUAGCGAACCUAGAAGCAAUGCCACCAGGCACACCACGACAAAGAAAUGUGAAAAACAAACUUCGUAGAUCUAUUAAAAGAAAAUCGGGGCAGAACCGACCAGAUGUAUUUAGUGAGCAACACAUGAAUAUGGAAUUAUACUCAGCACAGAUGGAAGCAUUACGGAUAUUGGAAAAUGAAACCAAGCAAAGGUUAAAGAAGAGAUUGCACCAAACCACACCCAGGCUUCGGAGUUCGGUUUCUCCUAAGAUAUCAAAGUCUGAAACAAGCAGACUCAUUAAUAGAUCAAGUCAAAUACUCGUAGCAACUGAAACAGUUGCUCUUGCUCACAACAUUAUUGCGCAACGUCAUGCCUCACUUAGAAGACCACAAUCUGCCCCAGCACUUCAACAUCAACAACAUUCACUUCCUGGUUUAUACGACUCACCUCCACGACCCAGAACAGCACGUGGGCGUGUGAAUGCUGGUUCCACACCCAGGUCCAGAAGACCAAAAUAUGCCUGGGACUUGAAUGGCCAUCGAAUACCAUAUCGAGAUAUAAGCGAAGAUACGAUUGAAGAUUCCAAUUCAUCUUUAUCCACAUAUUCAAGCACAAGUGAUGAUAUUGAUCAUUACACCUGUAGACCAAGACCAUCUGGCCCCAGACGUCAUCGUAUGCGACCAAGUUCAAGACAAAAUGGAAACGACGUUUUUUUUCUCAACAAUCCUCAUCUGCUCGGAAACUACCGACCGCACUCCCCAGCUUACCCACAUAAUCAGCAUUUGAUCGUUGAGUCAACACCGCGGCAAACACUUACACCCGAUAGUGGGUUCUGCAUCAACACCGGGACACAGACAUCACAUAUUAGACCUUCUAAUGUACGACACAAUACCACAGUACACCAUAUUCCAUACAGUGAGGAUACCAGUCAGGAUGAAUAUGAUGGGAGGCCUUUACAACUGACCAAAUACACUGUGACUGUUAAAACAGGGGAUAAGUUAGGAGCAGGAACAACUGCAGAUAUAUACCUUAGUCUACAUGGUGAAAAUGGUGACACAGAUGAAAUUUAUCUGACUGAGAGAAUUGAGGGAAAAAACAGAGAACAUAAAACACCCUUUCGGAGAAAUCAAGUUGAUGUUUUUGAAAUUGAGUGCGAAAAUGUCGGACAACUUCAUAAACUUGGGAUCGGACACAACCAGAAGAGCAAAGGAUCCAGUUGGUUUGUUGAUUAUGUGAGUGUAAAGUUAGCAGAUGAAGUUUGGAAAUUUACGUGUGGGUUGUGGUUGUCUGGGGUAUUUGGAAGACAAAAGACAUUAAGACAUAUUCCAAUAGACCAUCAACCAUCAGAAUCUGAAACAUCAGAUACGGAUUCUUCAACAACAACUGCGCGUUCGAGUACAAGUGAAAAACCUAGAGGAAAAAAAUUAACCAGAAAAAAAUCGAAGUCGAGUUCAAGCAGCUCUUCUGAGGAUAGCAAGUCAAGUUCUGACUCCAGCAGAAAAGAUAAAGUGGUUGAAACAUCCGUUAAAAAUCCUCCAGAGAUUAUCGUGAGUGGUGAGAAGCAGGUGGAUCACUCUGAUGAUGCAAGAGAUGAAGAUCCUCCAAGACCAUCAUUUGUUGAUCCGGAGGAGGUGCAGAGCAAAGUGGAGUACAGUGCGGAUAGCAGCGCUGACGAGCGGAGCACGCUGGAUGAUGAGAAGAGCUUCGUAGAGGAGAGUCAAGACUCUUCCGAUCAGUCCUCAGAUGAGGACACUUUAACUGACAGAAGUGAAGAUUCAAAAAUUAACAUUGAAUCAAAAGAUACAAAACCUGUUAUUGAAGAAACAAAAAGUCAUACCUCAAGAUCAAGUAGCUCUAGCAGCCUCGUUUCUUUCAAAAAAUUAAUAAUAAAUUCCUCUUCUUCUUCGUCGGAUAGUUCUUCAGAAGAGGAGACAGGACCUCCUCAAAGAACGAAGAGAUCUCCCUCCAUAGCAGAAUCCACUCCCAUCACGGAUGCUCACUUUCCUAACCAUCUUACUAAGGUGACGUACUCGGAAGCAGAAGUCAUUCGUGAAGUGGAUGGAAAAGAUGAAGUUCAGGCAACCAAGCAUAAGAUACUCACUGAAGAUCAACCUGAUGAGGAUGAACAUCAAUCACAAGAUGAGAGAAAAAGAUCAUCUUCUGAGUCUUCCUCAUCUAACUCCAGUAGCUCCAGCGAGGGAGCUUCAAUCCAACUACAUGAAGAAGGCACACAACAAGUAAACAUAGAAGAGGAAACAGAAGAAAAAGCUGAAGUUUUCAUGGAUGGAUUUAAUGCAGGGCUUGCUGCUUCACGAAAACUCAGCGAGACACAUCCAGAGCUGCUUGAAGAAUCGCCGCGUCAUCGUGAAAUUGAUGAGUCAUCCCACGUACUCCUUGACGAGGAGGAAGGAUCAAUCCAGUCGCCACGACAACCCGUAGUGAGGAGUGAUGUACAUAAUGUAAUAAAGGAGGAUAGUCUCGCAAGUGUGGUUGAACUUAUUAAUCUCAGACCAGAAUUAAGAGAAAAAGAAAGUGAGAAGGGUUGGACUCCGAUACAUGUUGCAGCUGCUUAUGGUAAAAUUGACAUUCUACAGUGGUUAACUGCAACGGGUGCAAAUCUUGAAGCAGAGACACCAACAGGUUACACAGCAAUGCACAUGGCAGCCAUGCAUGGCCACAUUAAAUGCCUCAUGGUGUUACACGCCAUGGGUGGUACACUAGAUCCCAUCAAUAUAGACGGGCAAUCACCUUUACAUUUAUCAUGCAUGAGUAACCACAUAGAAGUCACAAAGUGGUUGGUGGCAAAUGGUGCAAACUUAAAAGCGAAAGACAAUUUUCACCGUACGUCAUUGGACCUUGCUAAGCAAUACAAGCACAAGGAAGUGGCGAGAUUUUUACGAACUUGUAUGACGGAACUAAAGAAUCAGGAUUCAUCAAUGUCUCUUCUGCAGUCAAGUAAAAGCAGCAUGGGUUCCUCACAUGUUGCAUCAUCAUCUUCUUCCUCAUCAUCGGGUGAUUCUUCUUCAUCAGAUGAGGAAGUUUCAUCGGCUCAUGAAGAUGAAAAGGAAAAACCAGAUGAGGUAGUAGCAAGGAGAGUAAGUAUUGAUCUGGAAGAAAAAAAGAAGAUUUAUGAAAAUCAAAGAGCUAAGAUGUUGAAAAGGAAGACCAGUUUUCUUGAUAGCAUUCGGGAUGAGACGAGGAGUUCAACAUCUUCAAGCUCUUCAGAUUCAACAUAAACUCAACAAAUUUUUUUUCAACAAUUUAACAAGUUUUAACUAAGUUUUCAACGUUUCAAUAUUUAAUUCAAGGUCAUUGUAAGUUCAUAUUAUCAUCUCUCAUGUUUUAAAUCUAGUGUUGCUACUGUGUGUGUUGUGUAGUUUCAUCCAUCAUGGCAGUAUGUAGGCUGUUCACUGCAAAUUGUAAAUCAUAAUAAUCGAGUAUGUUAGUUUCCAACAUUUUUCCUCAGUUCAAAAUGUAUUGCAUUGCAGGAUUCUUUUAAUUUUAAGCUUUUGAUUCCCUUAGUUCCCAUGUAUUGCUCCUGUGCGUUUCUCAUUUACUUAGAAAUUCAAUUAAGAAUUGGUUGUGAGUUUUUCCUUUCAAUUGCUGCAUAAUGAAAAAAUUUUCUGAAUUUUUAUUUCAUGUCUAAGCGUUGAAAAUAGUCACCGAUUAUAUAUAUAUAGUACAUCCACUGUCAUACUACUUACUGUAAUUAAACUAAUAUUCAAAUGAUUUUA